CGCUUGUACGAAGAGGUACUCGGUACGCGUCGUGUAGGGUCGUAAAGUUUUAUAGGCCUGGUCAAUUUGAUUUACAUUUAAAAUAGAACAAACUUCAACUUCAAGAUGAAUCAAGAAAUGCUAUAUCAAUUGGGAAAUUCCCGUGAAUCGUGGUGUGCAGUGGAACUUAACAAAUCACAAGACUGGUGUAGAUCUGAGAGAAGACAUUCAAAAGAAAAUUUUGUCAGCACCGUCUUCAAUCCGACAGUAAACACCGAUUCAGAACCAAGAUGUCAGUGGAAAAUUGAUGCUCCUACCCAUAGAGAAAAACGCCAUUUCUCCUUCGCCAAUGCUAAUCAGCUGAAGUGAAGAUUCCCAUUGCAUGCGUAUAUUAGCUGUCGUAUACAUCGACUCGAAUCAUUUCUAUAGUUUUUGCUGUUAUUUACCUAUUGGUGUUUGAGAAUAAUUUGCCAUAUCUUGCUACAAUGAUUAUAGUUUCGCUUUUAGUUCGCCAUCUAUAAAUUGAUGUAUAUUAGUUUACCUAAAUGUGUUGCUUCGAUAGCCUAUUUAUUUUCGUGCCAUAUUUUAAAUUAUAAUUUUAUACUGCUAAUA